AUGUUGCGUACCACCUUCUCUCAAAUUCAACGCCGUACUUUUACCAAUACCAGUCGCUUACUCAUUGCUGAAGGCGAUGCUAUCCCCAACAUUGAAGUUCAACUCAAAUCACCCGGAGAAACAGUAAAAACCCAAGAUUUGUUCAAGGGCAAAAAGUCCAUCUUGUUUGGUGUCCCUGGCGCCUUCACACCUGGAUGUAGCAAGACCCAUUUGCCUGGCUAUAUCAAGGAGGCAGAGACAUUAAAGUCCAAGGGAAUAGAUUUAGUCGCUUGUGUUGCUGUCAAUGACGCGUUUGUCAUGACCGAAUGGGGCAAGGCACAUCAAGCAGACGAUAAAGUGACUCUAUUAGCUGACUCUAAAGGCGAAUUGGCAAAGGCCAUGGAUCUGGACUUUGAUGCAUCUGGAGCCUUGGGCAAUCACCGCUUCAAGCGUUUUGCUGCCAUUUUGCAAGACGGCAAGAUCAAGAAAUUGUUUGUCGAGCCUGACACUACAGGCUUAAACGUGAGCUUGGUAGAGAACGUUGUCAAGAGUUUAUAA